AUGGUUCAUGGGGUGCUAUUCGUUCUAAACCCUGGCACGAGGGACAGCGGCGGUAGGAGAUACCCGGUGAUCGUGUUCGUGCACGGUGAGAGCUACGAAUGGAGCAGCGGCAACCCUUACGACGGCAGCGUGUUGGCAAGCUACGGGGGCGUCGUUGUUGUUACCAUAAAUUACAGACUCGGCAUUUUGGGCUUUCUAAAUGCUAACACGGAUUCGCACUUACGGUCGCCGGCGAAUUACGGUCUGAUGGACCAGAUCGCGGCGUUGCACUGGGUGCAGGAGAACAUCGGCUACUUCGGCGGCGAUCCCGGGAACGUGACGUUGAUCGGCCACGGAACGGGCGCCGCCUGUGUAAACUUCCUGAUGACCAGUCACGCGGUGCCUGACGGACUCCUGUUCCAUCGCAGCGUUCUAAUGUCUGGCAGCGCGCUUUCACCGUGGGCGCUGGUGAGAGGAGCCGCGAAUUACGCUCUGCAAGUUGCCAAACAUCUAAAUUGCUCGUGGGCCGCGAGUGAUCCUCAGGCAUUGCUGAGAUGCUUGAGGAAAGUGCCACUGAACGCGUUGGUCUCGGUGCCCGUCAAGGGAUUGGAAUUCGCCCCCGCGUUUGGACCGAGUAUAGACGGCGUCGUAAUUGAUCCGGGUGAUCCAGACGAUCAGGACAUCACCCUGCAGGUCGACACGAUCAAUACGCUGAAUAACAUCCUGCUGCGGAAGGACGUUGUGGCCAAACUAUCGAGGUACGAUCUGAUGAUCGGUGUGGUGCGUUCAGAAGCGUACUUUUCUUUGACCGCGAACGACGCGCUAUACGGCAUCGAAGCCGAUAGGAGGACGAAAAUUCUCCGAGAAUUCGUUCGUAACACGUACACGUAUCACCAGGCGGAGAUCCUGGCGACGAUUAUCAACGAGUACACGGAUUGGGAGCGGCCUGUGCAGCAUCCGGUUAACAUAAAAGACGAAACGCUCGAGGCACUAGGAGACGCGAACACGGUGGCGCCAGCUACGAGAACGGCGGAUCUCCACAGUGAAUCGCGCCGAAACUCUUACCUCUAUGUGUUCGAUUACCAGACGAAAUUCGGCGACUAUCCUCAGAAGCCAGGCUGCAUCCACGGCGAGGAUCUGCCAUAUUUUUUUGGAGCACCGAUCGUAGGCGGUCUGUCCCAUUGGCCGAAGAAUUACACGAAAACAGAGGUGACGCUCUCCGAAAGCGUGAUACUCUACCUGACGAACUUCGCGCGUACCGGGAACCCGAACGAGGGCACGCCGGAGUUCGGACCGAUGCGACCGGAACGAACGAAAGGCAGGAACAUCGAUUGGGUCGAGUACGAGGCGGUGCACAAGAAAUACCUGAGCAUAGAACCCAAGUCGAAGCUGAAGAACCACUACAGGGCGCACAGACUCUCCUUUUGGCUGAACCUAGUGCCAGACCUCCAUAAGCCCGGAUCGGACGACGUUCCUAGGUCGCAUCAUCUACUCGACACUGAACAGGUGCCGCCAAGGUUCAUCCAAAGGAUACCAACGACAACCAAAAUGACCACGUCGGAAGUGACCGUACCGGAGAAGCAGCUGAACGUCUCGACCGCCACGCCGAGCGAGCUAGCCUUCGAGGAUACAACGACGCAACCCGAGGACGGGUUCGCUGCUUACUCGACCGCCCUCAGCGUGACGAUAGCGAUCGGCUGCAGCUUGCUGAUCCUGAACGUGUUGAUAUUCGCGGGUGUUUACUAUCAACGGGACAAGAGCAAUCAGCACAACUGCUCCAAGAAGCGACAAGAGAACGGACAGAUGCCGAACAACAUAUGCGGGGACCUGGAGACCAAGACGGCGGAGAGGCAUCACAUUCAGCACAUACCGCCCCCGGAAUUCGCAGAUUUGCAAAAUAACAGCUGCCACGUGCCAAUGCCACCGCCACCGCCGAAGAACACCAAACCAGGGAAGCCAGGGCAGAAUCUGAUCAUCAGCCCUAAUCAGCUUCAACAGGAGAACAUGGCGAUGACCGGGACCGGGACAUUGAAGAAAGGCCAUAAUCAUCAGCAACAGGUCAUGGACGAGCUGAGGGUCUGACUCCGGGAGAACGUUGUAGGUGCGGAACAAUUAACGGGGACAAUUGAUAGAGUGAAGAAGGGUAUGAAC